AUGCCGGCCCUUGGGGAAGUGAUGCGGAAACUCAACCCGUGGUACCAUGAGGGUAGGCUAUCCCGCUCCCUCCCUCGCUACGAGCCGCCAGCCCCGCCGCCCAUCAGCACGGCCGCGGCGUCGGUGCUGAUCGUCGUCUACGCGCUCGUCUACUUCCUGCCCUUCUACGCGUCGCCCACCACGCGGCCGUCGCCGACGCUCUCGCGCGAUGCGCCCUCGGUGAUCCGGGCCCGCAUCCGCUCCGUGAGCAUCUCGUGUCUGCUCUGCUGCGCCGCUACGCUGGCCGUGCUCACCCGCGGUGGCGCCCAUGUCUCUCCCGCCGACGUCCUGCAUCUCAUGGGCCUGUGGCCGCCCGCCCUGGCCGACACGGCCCGCGCCGUCCUGCUGACUGCCCUACUCUUCGCCGGCCCGCUGUUCGCCUACUUCGUCGUCGACGCCGGCUGGCGCGAGUGGCUGCGCCUCGAGCCCGUCCUGGCCCUGUGGGGGGACUGGAUGACGUGGCGCAACAUUGUCGCUGGCCCCGUCACCGAGGAGGUCCUCUUCCGCGCGGCGUCGGUGCCGCUGAUGCUCGUGGCGCGCACGCCCGUGCGGCAGACCAUCUUCCUGUCGCCCGUGCUGUUUGGGCUGGCCCACGUGCACCACUUCUACGAGUUCCGCCUCACCCAGCCGCAGGUGUCCGUGGCCGCCGCCGUGCUGCGCUCCGUCUUCCAGCUCGGCUUCACGACGCUGUUCGGCGCCUACGCCACCUUCCUGUUCGUGCGCACCGGCUCCCUGCCCGCCGUCUGCGCCGUCCACGCCUUCUGCAACUGCAUGGGCCUGCCGCGCCUAUGGGGCCGCGUGCAGCCACAGGUACCCGACGACGACCCAGCUCCGCUCCGCCGCCGCGACGAGCAGCGCCCGUCUACCGGCGCCGUAUGGCUCUGGACGGCCGCGUACUACGUACUGCUCGUCGCCGGCGCUACGGCGUGGUGGAAGAACAUAUGGGCCCUGACGGAGAGCCCCAAUGCCUUGGUCUCGGACUUGGCGUUUACCGCGACCUGA